AUGCGUUUUAUACACGAUGCGCUAACUUUGGAGGAGAGGCAGCAGGGGAAAAACCAACCAGACGCGGACGAUCCUUCAAUCCUCAGCUUCCCCGCGUUGGUGAGGAUGACCCGGUCACCUUGUCCAGCUUUCUGUUCUGGCAAUGUGGCUAAGCAGCCCGCGUGCGAAGCUAGUUUGUUCUGUCGACUUGGCACUUUGUUGGGCGUUUGCCUGCGGUCUUGUCGUUGCACGGCCAUCAGCGCUUACACGUUGGCCCAUCGAAAUGCCCACGAAGGUGCUCACUGUUGGGUUGGGAUCUGA